AUAGAGCUUCUUCGUGUGUUGCGUUUUAGUUGCGUUUUCUUGUUUAAUUAAGUAAAUUUUCUUAAAGAUAAAAAGUAUUAUUUUUAAAUAUAAGUUAUUGAAUAGAAAAAAAUAUAUUAUAAACAGUGCUUUUCAAGAAUAAAUAUAAAAAUAUUUGGUUGUGAUUACGCGUAGUAAAAAUAAAUGCACAUAAAAGUGUUUGCUUAAGAAAAAAACGAGAAGAGAAAAAAAUCGUAAAGAACUUCGAACUUCUUGGCUUGCGGAGUCGCUGUCAAUUUUUGUUGUUGUUUGCGUUGCAACGCAGUUUAUUGCCCUAUUAAUUGACGAACUACGGUGAACAAAAAGAAAAUAUAUUAACAAGAUUUAAAAAAAAAAUUAGUUUUAAUUGACGGAGUUCUGGCCUUUAAAUGAUGUCAGUGUUUUGAGUUCAUUUGCAUAAAAAUUAAAUUUUGUUAUGCCUUCAUCGAUUACUGAUGCUUCCGUGCUGCCUUCAUUGCAUCAUUUGUCAACGUUCAGCUUUGAAUACUAAGGAACUCAAUACGAUUUUAAAGAGGAUUCCACUCAAACCUGCUUAAAAGUGGAACAUAAGUUCUUACUCCUCCUCCACACUACACCACGCCAAAUCAACAACCUCCAAUUAAGUGAAAGAUUGGGAGCAAAAAUUAACAAAUGGUAAGGAAAAAUAGCACAAAUGCACGUUAAACCGACAGGAGAGCACCUAAAACAGGAUCAAAUAAGCGUCAAGACGAUGGCCAGCUAUAAUGAUGACGACAAUACCAGUCGUACGUCAGCUAACAACAACAACAACGUCAGCGGGAAAGCUAAUAACAAUGACGAUGCGAAUAAUAGUAAAACCACGACAAUGGAUGAUGCCGAAAUUAGGCUUAAGAAACAAACACUGGAACAACGUAAGCGUGAACUGGAAAAGCUGCUAAGCGAAAAAAGUUGGCUUUUGCAGCAAAUACAAAAGCAAGAAACUCAAAUCCUGAACGGUAAUUUCGAGUAUUUAAAUUUAAAUGAAAUUUUUGCAAAUUUAGCACAGCAAUACAAGCAAGAACAGUCAGCCAGCAGUGGCAGUGUAGGAUCAGCAAUAUUGAGACGGAAGUCCAGCAAAGAGAACAACAAUAAUAACAGCACAAAUAGACAUUCUGAGCUUUCCAAUCGCUCUUCGGAGUAUGAUAAUUACCCAGGUAUUGGUAGUGGUAGUAUUAGUCUAAGUGGUGGUGGAGGAGGAGGAGUAGCAGGUGAAACAAGCAAUGCAAAUAUUUUACAAGCAAAGCAACAACAAAAUGCGAAAAAUAAUUCAAAAAAUCGCACAACACCCAUUCCUACCGCCAAUUUGAAUUAUAUACAAUUGCAACGUCAACAAAUGUUGCAGCAUCAUGCAGAGCAACAAAUGUUACAACAACAUUUACAGUUGCAGCAACAGCAUAAAUUGCUACAACAUCCACAUUUCCAUCAACAACAUCAACAGCAGCGCUUACUGCAACAACAGUAUUUAUCACAUCUGCAAACCGAUGCUAUUUCCUUGUACUCAGUCAAUUCAGCAAAUGUUGCUACACUGCGCCAUCAACAUAUUUCACCACAACAGCAACCAAUUGUUGUGCAAUGUGAUAAAUACUACUUAUCACCAACACAUCACAGCUACAAUGAUGGUGGUUUUAUAAAAUCAAGUCAAAAUAUUAAGCAAUAUAUAUCACCAUUAGCAUCACCUACACAACAACAACUGCAUGUUGCUACAAAUUACGAUAUACAUCAUUCACCGCAACAGCUGCAACAUAUUGCAGUGCCAUUGCAACAAUUACAACCAGUCGCAUUGCAACAUCAACGGCAUUUAGAUGCGAUUUCACUAGCGCCGUCAUAUGUUUCCAUGGAUACUGACACCACAAGCAAUAUGCGUUGGCGUUCUCAAACAAAUAUACAAACACACGCAAUGAAUACACCAAAUGAUGCAAAAUCACAUUCCAGUGAUAUGCUCUCACAAUUAUCCCCACCAACGCCACACAGUCACAGCAAUAUGAAUCCUAGUAUAACGAAUUUCUAUGCACAACCACUACAGCCUAAAGCAAAGCCACUCGAUGAAAUUUCUAUAUCAUCGUUUAAUAGUGAAACACAAAAGAAAUCUAAAUCGAAACAAUGGCUUGAAUCAUCAUUAGAUGGACCUGUCAUACGCACACAGUCAAAUGCGGAACCCACACAACACAUAGAAAGUAAUACUGCAACAUUUGGGCGUCUGCUACCACAAAAACCACAGGCGUUGCCACGUGAACGCUCAAAACUGUCAUCACAAUCAAUGUCCAGCGGCAGACACUAUUCAAUGUCAACGACGAAAAAUCCGCAUAGCACAAAAUUAUUGCUGGAUAAUGAAGGUCAUUAUACCAAAUUAAGUCAGUCAACUUCCUAUUUGAAUUCCGUGGAAACAUCGUCCAUAUCGCCUGCAUAUCACGUGGAUGCAAUACAAAUUGAUAUACCAAAUUUUAGAAAUCUACCACCGAAACCGUCUGCACACAGCAACAAUAGUGUGCAGCAACCAACACCCCCACCACGCCCACCGCCUGCAGAAAAAUCACUGGCAGCUUCGCCAGCUAUUGCUGCUGUUGUUAGUGCAAAUGCGGCAGCACCGUUGUCUCCAGAUAUACGUAGAGACUCCCCCACUACGGUCAUAGUAGUGCAACAGGCUACUUAUCAACCAUAUAAAGAGGUUACAAAGCCAUUUGAAAUGUCUGACUUUUACAAAUAUUCCACCAAAUUUCGGCAGAAAGAGGCAGCUAGCAAUAAUACUGAACAGUCAAAUUAGUUGUGGAUUGGAUUUUAGUGUACUUGGAAGAUGUACAUGGGUAUGUGGGGAUUACCAAAAAGCUUAUUUAGUUUUUUUAACAACAAAAAUGAUAUUCUCUUUUGAAAUUAAAUUAUAAUAUUUUUAUAUUUAGUAAUACAAACGUUAGGGGUACUCAUCUAAGCAUAUAAAUUUAUCAAAUGUAUAAACAGAUUUAGUGAAAUAUUUGUGUAAAUUUAUCAAUCCGCUGUAUAAUAGCACUUUUUAUAUCAACAAUAAUUAUGACAGCACAAAAUGCAAUACGCAGCAGUGCAAUUUUUUAACCAAUGUCGUUGCAAUUUUAAAUAUUUAUGUAAACUUUAUUCGUCAGUUAUGUCGUUGUCAAUAAAUUAUAAAAGAAAACACUUAAAUUGAGUGAAAAGUCCAAACUUAAAAGUAUUUACAAAGAUAUUUUUGUAUAUGACUUGUUUGUGUUGGAAUGCAAUUCUCUAUUGACAACAAGUAAAUUUAUACGAUAUAAAUUUAUUCGGUAACAUUUUCUCGUAAAUUUAUAAAGUCUGUGUAAAGGCCAUGUUAUGCAGAGUGUCUCGUACACGGCAAAAUUCGCUUAUUCGGGCUAUGCCGAAAAUGCAUGUUAUGCAGAGUGUUUUGAUUGUUAAUUUAU